AUGUUCCAGACGAUUGUCCAAGGUAUCGCCAUAUUCAUGCUCACGCAGUUUGUUGUGAAUCAAUUCUUUGGCUCGAAGUCACAGACUGGGGGAGGUGCCGCUGCGCCCAAGCAAAACGUCGAUUUCAAUGAAAGAGCCGAUGUGGCCGCCCUUACAAACUAUUCCUUGAUCCCGCAAAACAUUGCCCCGAUAUGGCCAGACAACAGCGUCGUCGACAUUCGCAUGUAUGUGUCUCCGCAGGACACUCUUCCUGCCUUGUCAAGCGUGCCGAAGGAGAGCCUCGUUCUGGAGGAGAAGAACUUUGGGAUAGGAAACUAUGAGGAAAACCGAGAGGUGCACACUCAAAUCGCUAUACCAACAGAGGUACAACACAACGGGACCCUAUGGGCCCAUUUCUAUGUCGCUCUAGCUGGCAGCGAAUUUGACCCAACAAGUCCGAACUACGACCCACACAAAGCAACCCACUUCAAAAAGCCGCUGAACCAGUUCCUCCCAAAGAAAAAGGCCCGCAAGUUGAAGAACUUGCUCGAGAAGAGCGAGGAGCCAGAAAGAGAAGAAGAAGCAGAUGAACCGCAGGGAGUGCAGAUCGCAUCUUAUUACCAUCCCAACUUCACAGUUGCUGUGAUUCCAAACACGGGUGUGCAAAACUGGCGUCAAAUGCACCCGGCGCUGCGCAAGAAUAUUGUCCUCGAACCAACCGGUCAACGCGAUGCUUCCGGUCAAAAUGGUUGGUAUUAUCCGGUCGUCUUCCUCAAUACCUUCUGGCAACUGCGCAGCCACAUGACCGAACUCAAUGACACUGUCAAAGAAAUGCCCCUGAACAUCCAGCUGUACAACUUGGCCAAUUGGAAAUACAACCUAUUAGCUUCUGUCGACGAGGGUAUGAAACAAAACCAAGCACAAGCGGCGAGCGGCGCACCGAUGCCCGGUGGUGGCGAUGGCAGCGAGUUCGAGAAGUUCAAGGAAAUCCUCCUCGAUACCAAUGCUUACCUGUUAGGGACGACGUUCGUCGUCAGCAUCCUGCACAUGGUCUUUGAGGGGCUCGCAUUCAAGAACGACAUCUCCCACUGGCGGAAGAAGAAGGACAACGUGGGCACAUCUGUACGGACGAUCCUGGCGAACGUGUUCAUGCAGGCCAUCAUCUUCCUGUACUUGGUGGACAACUCGGAGAACACUUCGUGGAUGAUUCUCGCCUCCCAGGGCUUUGGCAUUGUCCUUGAAGCCUGGAAGAUCACCAAGACCGUCGACGUGCGGCUGCGCGAACCCGGCCCGGAUUCCAAGUUCAAGAACAUAUUGCCCUAUGUGGUUGUCUUUGAAGACAAACACAAGUUGACCGAGAAGGAAAAGCAAACGCAAGAAUACGACCAGAUCGCCUUCCGUUAUUUGUACAUCGUCGCCGUGCCGCUGCUGCUCGCCUACGCGGUCUACAGCCUCAUCUACGAGUCGCACAAGUCGUGGUACAGCUUCGUGAUCGAGACGUUGGUGGGAUCGGUGUACGCCUACGGCUUCCUCAUGAUGGUGCCUUCUCUGUAUAUCAACUACAGACUGAAAUCUGUCGCGCACAUGCCCAGCAAGGCCCUGAUGUACAAGUUCUUGAAUACCUUUAUCGAUGAUCUGUUCGCGUUCACCAUCAGAAUGCCGAUUCUACACCGUCUGGCCACGCUGAGAGACGACGUCAUCUUCUUUGUCUGGCUUUAUCAGAAGUACAAGUACAAGGUGGAUUAUUCGAGAGUCAACGAGUUCGGGCAAGGUGGCGAGGAUGAUGAGGAGGAGGAAGAGGGAGAAACCAAGAAGGAGGGCGACGGCGGCAAGACGACGACGAAACCCCUCGAGGGUCAGGACACCAAGGAGUUGAAGCCCACAGCUCCCGUCUCGAGUGCGAGUGGAGCCCAGGCCAACGCGGGCGCGAAGAAGAGAAAGUAG